AUGCUUAUCGAUUCUAAAUCCCUCUUAUUUGUUUUGGCGAUUGAACAACAACUCAAUAGACAUACAGUUUCAACUAAGAGAACAGUGAUCGAUGUGACAUUUAAGACGAUAUCGAAAAAGAAGAAAGAAUCCAACUACAUUUCGUAUUUGUUUUGGCCGAAAAACGAUCAAAAAAGACACUUUCUUCUUCGUCUCCUUCUUCUCAUCAUGUUAACUAGUGACAUUAACAACAAUUUCAACAUUGAUAUCGUCUUAUAUUCCAAAUAUCUCUAUUAA